CUAUCGAAACGUCAUAGACUGAACCAAACCAGGAAACCACAUAGUAAACGAAGAGAUCUGGAGCUUUUUUUAAUCGACUUGACCCUGAAAGGUGUGUACACAGUGACGUUCUGCCCUGAAUGCAAGAGGAAGGACACACCAGAAUAGAUUCGUCUUUGCCAUUGCUGAGCCAUUUGCAAAAAGUAUAGAAGCUAAAGGCCCAUUACAAUUCCAUUCACACAAUAAUCCUAUAUUUAUUUAGUUUAGCCAUAUAACUUUUUAUAAAACAAUGUCAUGUUGGGGAACAUUUAUACGGAGACAAUACCAGUUCUCCUCGCUGUUAAAAAUGCAUCAACUCAACCUUCAACCAAUGUGUCAGCGGAGAGGUAAGUGAUUGCAUAAAACUACUGCUUUCAAAACAUAUGAUGUGAGAAAAGUGGAGUUAACGCCACUGGAGCAGAGGAAACUGACGUUUGAUUCCCAUGCGCUCGUGAAAGAGCUGGAAUCCAGCGGCUUUGAGAAGAGGCAAGCAGAAGUGAUUGUCUCAGCAUUGGUGACACUUACCACAGCCAAUAUGGACAUUGUAUACAGAGACAUGGUCACUGGAGCCCAUCAGGAAAUAGCUCUACAACAAAUCAUGGCUCAUCUAGACGCUAUCAGGAAAGACAUGGUUAUCCUGGAGAAGAGUGAAUUUGCCAACUUGCGUUCAGAAAAUGCAAAAAUGAAAACAGAGCUGGAGCAAAUACAGAAUAGACUACUGGAAGAAAGUCAAAAAAUCAGAGCAGAUGCAAAGUUAGACAUUAAUCUGGAGCGAAGUAGAGUUACAGACAUGUUUACAGAACAAGAGAAGAAACUUAUGGAGGUUAGAACAGAAUUCCAAAAAAAGAAUGCAGAUAUAGAGAGUGAAGCAGUGGAAACUUCAAAGAAAAUAGAUAUACAAGUAGCCUCGUUGAAAACCCUCCUGGAAUCCCUCAAGCUAGAGACUGUUAGAUAUCUUGCAGCAUGCAUCUUCACCUGCUUGGCAAUUGCCUUGGGAUUCUAUCGCUUCUGGAAAUGAAUCUCACAAAACUGGGAGAGAUUUAAUGGCCAGAGUUUUAUCUAAAAAGUUUUGCCAUUUGUUUUAAUCAUGCUAAUGUAUAUUUAUUUUAUUAUAUUUUCGAUAUUUCAAUAUUACUUGUUUUUCAUGUGAGAAUCAUAAAUCUGUUUGUUUAUUUUUUUUAGACCAGAAUUUAGAUUAUAUGGCAUGGUUGGCCAAAUCAAAAGUCAUCAUAGGCCAACUUUGGCCCACAUGUCCUGGUUUGGGCAUUUCUGCUUCAGACCAAAGUGCAUUCAUGCUAAGUUGAUAUUUCGAGGUUCUGAUUUGUAAAAAGUGUUCACAUCCUCUUAGAAAUCGUAUUU